AUGACUACUACUACUUCGAAAGACUCUGAGCAAUUUGACAUUGUUAAAUGCUAUCAGCAAUUCCUGGAGGAUGAUCCGGAUGUAUCCAUGCCAGUCGCGGCGAUAGAGUCACUUGUUGAAUUAAUAAAACAUAGUAAAGCAACCACAUUGACGGAGUUCAUGGAAUCUUUGAAGGAUGCUAGUCAAAAACUUAAAUCAUCCAUAAGAAAUUCAAUUUCGUUAUCAGCAGGUACCGAUUUGUUUUUAAGGUUUGUAACAAGAACUUCACACGAUGUUACGAAUUUUGAAGCAUGUAGGGAGCAUUUGAUAAAUAGUGGAAAAGUUCUUGUUGAAAAGACUGCUGCUGUCCGUGAAAAGAUUGGCGAAUUAGGUGUACAAUUUAUUAAAGAUGAUGCUACAAUUUUAAUCCAUUCUUACUCUCGGGUGGUUAUGUUACUUCUCCAACGUGCUGCAGCUUGCAAAAAGAGAUUUAAAGUUUAUGUUACAGAAUCUAGACCCUCUUGCUUAGGGAUUAGAGCCACUGAAGUAUUAUGCAAAGCAGGAAUUCCGGCAACAAUCAUCUAUGAUACGGUAGUCGGUUAUAUUAUUGAUAAAGUUGAUGCCGUUUUUGUUGGAGCAGAAGGUGUUGUUGAAAAUGGGGGACUCAUCAAUGCUAUUGGAACAUAUCAACUUGCCAUUGUUGCAAAAGCUGCCAAUAAACCAUUUUAUGCUGUUAUUGAAAGCUAUAAAUUUGUUCGUCUGUUCCCGCUCAAUCAAUACGAUCUUCCAACUCACACUCCCGAUUUACUCACGUUUCCUGAUUUAGAGCAAAAUCAUACUGACUUAUCAGAAGAUGAAGUUAUAGGAAAUUAUGAGGCGAUUAACCCCACGGUAGAUUAUACACCACCCGAUUACAUUACGUUAUUGUGCACGGAUUUAGGGGUAUUGACGCCGUCCGGU